CGAAGGGGAGUCGUGUAUUUGGGUUCUUCGAGCACUGGAAUUGGGGAAAGAGGCAAGUCACUCCAUAUUUAACCUUCCAUGUAUGUACUUAUUCAUGUAGAUGUAUAUGGAGUAUGGAACUGCAAGUGAACAACACAAGAUACAUCAUAGAAUUCAAUUUUUUCAGCCCAAAAUUUAUAUGGAUUGUAUGAGCCUACUUAUUAUUUUCUGCAGAUUGCAAUUCUCUUAAACUGUACUUCAUGGACGGGCUGGUCCAGGUCUCAUGGAUGCUGCUACGAAAGGUGGUUUGCAAGCGGGAAAACCAGUUGGCAGAUUUAAUUUGUUUCAAUUUGUGUAUAUAUAUAUAUAGAUCCCUGUGUUUUGGUUAAAUGAGUUGUGGUGAACUGAUUUUGACUAGUUUUGGUUAAAUGAGUUGUAGCUAACAGGUUGCACAAACCUCAUUACAGGGGCACAUCAUGGCGCUUCUGUCCAAGGUGGGCUACAAUGUUGUUUUCAACAUGGGAAACAAUAUGGAGGCAUCCAAAAUGAAGAAAACUUGUAUAAGUUUUCCGUCCUUACCAUCAUAUUCCAUAAAGACAGUGCGGAGUUCGCAUUUGGACAGUGCUGGAGUAUGGUAUAAAUGAGGACAGCAUGCCAUUGUUGCUGCAAGCCCUCCAACAGAGGAUGCUGAACUUGAGUUGGGCUAGAACUUCCAACAAUUGAAGUCAGGUUUGAGCAUUUAACAGUUGAUGCAGAAGCUUAUGUUGGCAGUAGAGCAUUGCCUACCAUAUUUAACUUCUCUGUCAAUAUGCUUGAGGGGUUCUUAAAUUGCCUCCAUAUUCUUCCAAGUAGAAAGAAACCAUUACCAAUCCUUCAUGACGUCAAUGGAAUCAUCAACCCUGGAAGAAUGACAUUGCUUUUAGGUCCUCCAAGUUCUGGGAAAACCACAUUGCUGCUCGGUUUGGCUGGAAAGCUCAAUUCAGAUCUAAAAGUUUCAAGAAAAGUAACUUACAAUGGCCAUGGAAUGGAUGAGUUUGUUCCACAGAGAACAUCGGCUUAUAUCAGUUAGUAUGAUCUUCAUUUAGGAGAAUUGACUGUUAGAGAAACAUUAGCAUUCUCGGCUAGAUGUCAAGGGGUUGAACCUUAUUGUGGUGAGUUAGAUUUAAACUUAUAACAUAGUAACUUAUAUUGUGUUCAGAAUAAAAAGAGAGGUUUGGAUGUGAAA